CUCAAUUACGCUCUGUUUGGUUGCUGAGAAACAAGAGGAAAAAGACGGAAAGAAUCCGAUACCGAGAAAGUUGAUUAUUUUAUUCUGUUUCAUUUUGAAUAAUUAGUUGGUGAACUUGGGGCUUUCGUAUGGUUUUUCUCCUCAGUUCUCUCGGUAACCAAACAGGGGUUAGGGUUUAUGUUUUGGCUGUGGAAUGUUUCUUGUUUGAAACUGAAUAUUGAUGGACUAUGUGUUGUUGUUCAGUAGCAGGGACAACGAGAAAUGCACAAAUCACCAGUAAUUUUGGGUGGAUAAUAAAACAACUGCAGGUGAUGGGGGGUUGCUGUUGUUCUUCCAGGAAAACUCAAUUGCGUGGAACACCUGUAUAUUAUUAUUGUCCACCAACCCUACAAGAGCACGAGUUCUUGACAUCUCAUGAUGGUGCAGCCUCUGCAUUCGCUGCAGAACUCUUGGUUGAUUUGAAUCUGCAAACAUCAAUUCCUGACACUUACCGGCCCCCGCCUGCACCUAUUCCAUAUGAUGUGGUUUUCGGACAUCCAAGAUCAACUGACUGUGACCCUGUCGGAGAAACAAUUAAUGGUAGUAAAGGUCUCAGAGUGUCAGACUGCAAAACUCAAGCUAGUUCUUUGCCUACUUCACCAAGGAAGUUUGAACUUCCAAGAUCAAAUGAACCUAAUUUUUUACCAUUGGAAGAAGAUGAUGCUUGUCCCAUUUGUCUUGAAGAGUAUGAUUUGGAGAACCCAAAAACAAUCACAAAAUGCAACCAUCAUUUUCAUCUUUCGUGCAUUCUUGAGUGGAUGGAAAGAAGUGAAACCUGCCCUGUGUGUGAUCAGGAAAUGAUACUUGAAGAUACCAUGAUUAUGUAGCUCGGUCGUACCGUUUCAAGAUGGAAGCCCUUUUGUGUAAAAUUGAAGCUUCCCAACUCAAAAGGCUGCAGAUGCCUGGCAAUUCUUUGCUAUGUAACUGGUCAGUGGCUUAUGGCCCACAUAUUCAUCUUUAGUUUGAUUAUAGCGAUUUGAAGAUUUGCAGUGUGCGUUUGAACAUCAUUCUUUUAGUGGGUCAGUCAGUUCCUCUGGUUAUAUUGGAAGUAGAGGAGUGAAGUUUCUACACUACAUGAAAACAGGUUGCUGCUAUCCAUGUCUUUUCUCCAAUUAAAUCUUCAUUGACAACUAUCAGAUGCAUCAGCAAAUAAAAGGGAGAACAAUGCUUUAAGUACCAAGGGAGGUAAAGCUAGUCAGGCUCUUUCACCCAAAAGAAAUUAAUGGGUCAGUCCUGCCUUCCAUGGGUUUCUCUGAUAUAUUCUUCUGUCUUGUAUAUACCCUCUCAGCUUUCUCAUUUUCAUGCAUGCUGCCUGCAUUUGUUAUUUGUUUUGGCUUUGUAAAUCAAUAAUCUGUUUACUUCUGGAUGGAUUUCUUGCCUGGGAUUUGAAUUUGGUGUAUGAAAAGUUUAUAAUGAUUAAUUAAAGGGUAUACUCUGUCUUAAGUGGA